AUGGCUUCAGAGAGUAAGCCUUAUACUGCCUUCACUGUUCCUGGACGUGGACUCUUUCAGUGGCGUGUAAUGCCUUUCGGCCUACAUUCUGCACCAGCUACGUUUCAAAGAGCUCUCGAUACCAUAAUUGGACCUGAACUGGACGAAUUCGCAUUUGCGUAUUUGGAUGAUAUUGUAGUGCUUGGAAGUGACCUGGAAAAUCAUUUGUGUAACCUUAGAGUUGUUUUUGAUCGAUUAGUUGGUGCUAAACUUCGAAUUAACAUCGAAAAAUGCACUUUUGCAAAGAAAGAAAUAAGAUAUCUGGGUCAUAUCAUAAGUGCCCAGGGUAUACACACUGAUCCCGAAAAGGUAAAUGCGGUCGUAGCUCUCCCAGAACCAACAACAUUAAAAGAGUUGAGGUCAUUCCUCAAUACAGCAUCCUGGUAUCGUCGCUUUAUACCAAAUUUUUCUACAAUCACUAGUCCCUUAAAUAUUCUAUUAAAGAAAACAAAGAAGUGGGAAUGGGGUGAUGAGCAGAGGAUGGCUUUCGAAGAAAUUAAGCAAAAACUUAUAGAAGCACCUGCUCUUACAUGUCCUGAUUUCAGUCGUACCUUCAUAUUGCAGACAGAUGCCAGCGACGUCGGUCUAGGAGUGGUGUUGACGCAAGAAUUCGAGGAAGGAGAAAAGGUGAUCGCGUAUGCCAGCCGCACUCUUUCUGCACCCGAAAAGAACUACACUGUCACAGAAAAAGAAUGUCUUGCAAUAAUCUGGGGAAUUCGGAAAAUGAGGCACUACUUAGAAGGAUAUCAUUUUAUUAUAGUGACAGAUCACCAAUCUCUGAAAUGGUUAAACUCGAUACAAUCACCUUCAGGUAGAAUAGCUCGUUGGGCUCUAGAAAUCGUGCAGUUUGAUUACGAGACUACCAAAUCGAUAAAAACGGGAAAUUUACGACGGCAUAUCUAUGAUUCUAGUGCUUUUAACGAACAGGAUCCAGUUCCUUGGAAAUUGGUGAUCCCCAAAGAUGAACGAUUGCGCGUACUUACUGAAUGUCACGACGAUGUAACAGCUGGUCACUUGGGUAUACAUAAAACAACAGCACGAGUAACGAAACUGUAUUACUGGCCGGGAAUGUUUCGCGAUAUUGCAAAAUUAAACUUAACUUGGCAUACUGUUUGUGCGGAUUUUGUUGGUCCGCUACCGCGUUCGAGUCAUGGAAAUACCACCCUAAUUGUAUUUUAUGAUAAAUUCAGUAAAUGGUCAGAAUUUGUAGCUGUACGUCAAGCCACCACAAAAACGUUUAUUAAGGCGUUUAGGGAGAGGAUAUUAGCUCGUUUUGGAAUUCCCUACAUUCUGUUGACUGACAAUGGAACUCAGUUUACCAGCCGUGAGUGUAAAAAAUACUUUGAAUCUCUGGGUAUCAGACAGCAAUUUACGGCUCCAUACUCUCCACAAGAAAACCCUACAGAAAGGACCAAUCGUAUCAUAAAAACGAUGAUAGCACAAUUCACAGAACAUAAUCAACGGAAAUGGGAUGAACAAUUACCUGAGUUGUCAUUAGCUUUAAAUUCCAGUAAACAGAGUUCUACCAAGUUCAGCCCAGCUUACCUAACACAGGGCAGAGAAUUACGACUCCCUAAUACGGUGUUUAACGAGAAAACGGAAUCAGAGAAACUAAUUAUGGACGACAACAAAUUCCAACGAAGCUGCCAAAGGUUCCGAGAAGCAAUGGAUCGUGAAAACCGGAAAAGAAGAAAGAUUGUCGAAAUACAAUCCAUCACAUAUCUGCCAAAUCUCAAUAUGCAGUCAAUCACUGGUAACCAAAAGAAGUCUGAUGUAUUAGCCCGGCUUGUUGAAGAUUUAGGAAUCGGUGAAGAUGACCCACAUCUAGACAUUCCUGAGGUACUGGCAUCGAUUACACCCAUAAGUCCUGGCAAACGUACACGCUUCCUGGUGGGAAACAAACAGCUAUUCCGUCGAAGUUUAUAUUCGAAGAUCACUCGACGUUUGGAUCAUCCAUAA